AUGUAUAAGUAUUGCUGUUAUAGUAAAGAUGGAAACUGGGUAAAUGCUAAUAUAGCGAAUCAAAAGGGUGACUAUAAAACCUACAAUUAUGCUGAUGAAGUUAUUAAUGAUGCUAAAGCUGCCAGUAACAUUAAAGAUAAAGCAUUUGAGCAUUAUUCGAGACUAGUUAACGCAGAUAGAACUGAUAGUAUUAGUCUUGUAAAAGACAAAUGCUACCAAAAUGAUAAAAACUCAGAUAAGAAUAGCCAAAAGGUGCUUGAAUGGAGUUGGAAGGCUAAAGAAGAUCGAGAUUGUGAUGACAAAAUAGUAAUCUGGAUUACUAAUCUGAUUAAGAGAAACUAUUUUAUGAAUGAAGUGAAAG